AUGAGCAAUGCUGAGAUAAUUGCUUCUACUAAUCUUAUAAUUCUGCUAGAGGAUGAAGUGUUUGCUGACUUUUUCAACACAUUUCUUUCUCUUCCGGUUUUUGGUCAAACACCAAUGUAUACAGUUGAAAAUUCGCAGUGGAGCUUGUGGCCAGAAAUUCCUUCUGACACAGUUGCCAAGUACAAAGGAUUAUUGACCUGGUUGGAGAAAUAUCGGUUACCUUUCUUCUGUAAAACAAACUUGUGUUUCCAUUAUAUUCUCUGUCAGGAGCUUAUCAGUUUUAUUAAAUCCCCAGAAGGAGGUGAAGACUUGGUGGAUUUCUGGAUCCUUGCUGAGAAGAUCUUGAGCAUAGAUGAGACAGAUAUAGAAGUGAGAGACUACUAUCUCUCCCUGCUUCUCAUGCUGAAGGCCACCCAUCUGCAGGAGGGUUCCAGGGUGGUGACACUCUGCAGAAUGAACAUAAAGUCCCUCUUGAACCUCUCCAUCUGGCAUCCUAACCAGACCACCUCCAGGAGGGAGAUCCUAAGCCACAUGCAGAAGGUGGCUCUGUUCAAACUCCAGAGUUAUUGGCUUCCCAACUUUUACACCCAUGCCAAAAUGGCCAUGGCCAAGGAGGAAGCAUGCCAAGGUCUGAUGCAGGAAUAUGAGACUCGCCUGUGCAGUAUUUGCUGCUCCCACACAGGGGGACUCCCUCUGAACAUGACCAUCAAGAAGAAUGACCACUUUCAGAAGGAGUACUCGAGCAGGAAAACCAAGAGGAAGAUGUGGCAGUUGAUAAAUCCUGGCUCUUGGUUUCUGGAAAUGGACUGUGAGCCAGAUACCAACAUUGUGCCCCCACAGGAGAGGAGGCCUCAAGAAAAGGUGGUUAAACAAAUGCCUCCCCUGAGAGUGGCUUCUUCAAAGGAGAAAAUAAUCAAUCUCCCUGAAAAGCGUAGUCACUCUGCUAGGAAGUUGAGCAUGAAGAAGAAAGCUAAGCGUCACCUCCAUAUGGAGGGCCUCUUUGAGACAAAGUUCACUACUCACCUGAGGAUUGCCACUCCCUUCACACAUUACUCCUCCCAGGUAACUAUGAAGAGGGCCAUCAAGCAAAGCCUCUGCAUUGGGUAUACCCACUGGGCCUUGUGUGCUGAUGCUUAUGCAGGGAGUCCUUUCCGGAGCCACCUGAAAAAACAGAAUUUGAAAGUGGAAACUCAACUUCUGGACCUCUGGCAGGACCUGCACCAUUUCCUCGGUGUCCUGAUGAACAACAGAAAGAAUGGGAAUGCCGUAUUUCGUCACAUGCUGGGUAACAGAAUCUGUGAGCUCUACCUGAAUGAGCAGAUUGGUCCACCCUUACCACUCAAAUCCCAGAUCAUCCAGGGCCUAAAGGAAUUGCUGCCUUAUGGGAAUGUGAACCCCUGGAUUCCCAAAGCCCAGAAGGAAAUCUGCAAGAUACUUAGGCCCUGGUAUGACGAAUUCCUGAAUGAAGAGGACUACUGUUUUCUCUCUUUUACAACUCAGAACAGGCUAAUCAGUUCCAUACGGCCUAAAAGAGACACGAUAAGCAAAGAAGAGAACAUUCUUCUUUGUAAGAGGGUUCAGGAAUCUCUGGAGUUAAGCCAUGCUUUGGCUACCACAGAGAAAAUGGAUUCUAUGCAGUGGCAAAAGAUAGCUACUGAAGACCUGAGACAAGGAGGGUCUCUCCAGGUAGAGCUGUCACCACCAAUGUUUCUAGUAGACAUAAGCAAAAUGUCCUUUGAGGAACUCUGCUGUAAGUAUCCAAAGAUCGCCAUAGAGAAGAUAAGCGAUGACUAUAAAACAUAUUGUGAGAGAGCUCCUCAUAUAGAUUAUCCAGUAGAAAUUGUCAAGGAACCAAAAGUAGUACGUUUAUCCUUAUCAAGAAAAAUGUCUGUCUUCAAAAAAAGUGGUCUAAGAAAGCCUUCAAUGAGACCCAGAAACAUGACAGAAGUCCUCCUAAAUUCACAGCACGUGGAGUACUUCCGGGAGUUCCUCAAAGAACGGAAGGCUGAAAGCCCAUUGGACUUCCUGGUAGCUGUACAGAGGAUUGUCAUAGAAACCAAUGAAAAAGCUUAUAAGUCUCUUCUGGAAAAUUUACUCAAGACUUUUUUCCAAAGCGAUGUCUCUCCUGAGGAAAUACUGCAGUGUGAUGCCCCGCUUAUCAGAGAAGUCGCAAACAUGCGUCAUGUCAGCACAACCAUGUUGUUAAUGCUGCAGAGCUUUAUCAUGAAAUCAGUGGAAGAAAAGUGGUUUAAAGAUUACCAAGAACUGUUUCCAGCUCGUCCUGUGGAGACAGAAACACAAAUUCAACCUUCGCCUAGGAAGCCCUCAAGAACAGCAACAACUCACCUGCAGGAAUCCCAGAAGAGAGGCUGGAUGAAAAUGAUCAACUUUAUCAGAAGCUUUUGCAAGUACCGCAGAUUUAUGUCGGAUCCUAAUAAGCGCCAGGAAUUUGAAGACUUUCUUCACUUGGAAAUGCAAAUUAGCAAAGACAAUUUCUCUGUAUCGACCAACACGUCAGGACGUUCAGCCCUUUUUCCCGCGAAUGUCCGGAAUAUAGAACAAGAGAAUGGAGAAAUGACCUUUGUAAAGCGUCGUAUAUAUGGCCACAGGCUUAUCACUGUUAACUUUGCAAUCAAUGACAUCUAUUUCUUUUCUGAAAUGGAGAAAUUUAACGAUUUGGUGAGUUCAGCUCAAAUGCUGUUGGUCAACCGAACGUACAGUGAGAAUGAUGUGCUUCUAAUGCGAUCCAAAAUUAACAUUAUCUUAAAGCUCUUCCUGCAUUCUGACAUCCCUCCAAAGCUGAGGGUGAAUAUCCCUGAGUCGCAGAAGGAUUCCAUAAUUACUGCCAUCACAGAGGGCCAUCUAGACCGGAGUAUCUUCCAUGGGGCUAUCAUGAGUCUCUUCCCUGUCGUUAUGUACUUCUGGAAAAGGUAUUGUGCCUGGAAGGUGAUUACCUCUUACUUUCAGUACCUGGGGAAGAAGGUCAAGGAAAGAAAAGGUCCUCCCAAAACUACAUACAAGUACCCUCCUUCAACUGGAGAAGACCAAGCCAUCUUAAGGUUCACCUUGCUAAGAGGCAUUGAAUGGUUGCGGCCUCAACAUCGAGAAGUAACAAUAAAUUCAGUCCAAAAUUCUUCAUCAAGCAACCUUACCCACUCAGGACUCACAUUACCCACCGUGCAGAUGUGUCCUGUCCCGGGGUAG